AUGUCGAGGAGCAUAUCCGCGUCGCUGGAGCAGAUCGAGGACCAGGUUGUCAAAGAGACCUGCGAGGUGGUCCAGGCAGCGGCUUCUUCAGAGCUUGUCGACGUCGAGAAACCCAUACGCGAGUUCGCGUUGCAGAAGUCGGUCGAGGAAACUUGCGAGGUGGUCAAAGCGGAGUACUUGGCGGCGCCUGCGGACAUCGAGGAACACAUUUGCGAGCACGCGUCGCAGAAGCAGAUCGAAGAUCAGGCCGUCGAGAAGAUAUGCGAGGUGGUAAAGGUGGAGCUCCCGUCGGUGGCAGAGGACGUCGGGAAAUUCAGUCUGGAGUACACGUCGCACAAGCAGAUCGAAGUCCAGGCCGCCGAGAAGACCUGCGAAGUAGUAAAGGUGGAGUCCCCGUCGUUGCCAGCGGACGUCGGCAAGCAUAUUGGGGAGUGCGCGUCGCAGAAGCAGAUCGAGGAUUAG